AUGAACUCUCCUGAGGACUUUCAGCGACUACAGGAUACUUUGGAUCAUAUCGUACUCACGUACUCCCGGCUGGACUCACACACUGUAUUCAACUACACUCUCUUCGGCUCCUCACUAAAUAAAGUCUGCAGUUUUAAGGACCUUGGGGUCGUUAUGUCUCAUGAUCUCAAUCCGUGGAAUCAUAUCUCACGCAAAUGCAGCAAGGCCAAUUCACUAAUGGGAUUCCUAUGCAGAACAUCGAAAGACUUUCAAUCCCCAACUACAUUGACAACACUGUUCAAAACCUUAGUGCGUCCGAUCCUAGAAUUUUCAUCUGUUGUUUGGUGUCCCUACCUGACAGGGCACAUUGAUACUCUUGAGCGGGUGCAGAUCAGAUUCUUGAGGCUCAUCGGACUACGUCUUGGCUAUCAGUUCCUGGAGACGCCUGUUGACUGUUUGAGGAUCUCCCUUGGCCUUCCACAUUUGGCGACUAGAAGAAGGAUGGCGGACAUCUUGAUUUUUCAUAAGAUGGUUAACGGUGCUCUAGACUGCCCUCGUCUUCUCUCUCUUCCCGAGUUUCGAAUUCCGACAUCGACUCGUUCCGAGGACAUCUUUUUCAAGAGGGCACUUCCUUCUCUUUAA